AUGCAAGAAACCAGGAGCAGGCAGGGCGGAGCCGGAAGGCACCCGCACAUGAGUUCCACGGCGUGGCCACCGACGCCCUCUAGGCCAUAUUCGUUAUUCCCGCCAGAGCAUAGACGGGCCAACUCGGUGUCGCCACAACCCUCACCCGCAUUUGUGAGACCGGUGCCGGUGCCGUCGCCGCCGACGAUGACGACGACGACGACGACACCCCAUAACGCACCGAGGCGCGCCGGUGGAGGGGGCAUCACGACCGAAGCCGCCACGAGAGCCCCCCGGCGAGAACCAGAACUUGAAGAGUGGCCGACGUUUGUACAGUACAACACGACGCCGCCGCUGGAUCCCCCGACGGAGAGCCCACGAAAGUCCGAUUCGAAAAAGGGCAAAAGGAGCAAACGGAGGAAAGGAAGCCUUCGAAGUGUAGUCGACGACGAAGAGCGACGGUCCAGGUUUGCACGGGUGUCAAUGCGGGCGCUACAUGUGCUGUCGCACAUGGCCUUGUGCGUCGUGGUGCUGUACAUUAUGUUUAUGUUUUUGGCAAUGCCGGCCGUGACCACGACGCGGAACCAACGCAUAAACUCAAUCUUGAACGAGCGCAACAACCUCAACCGCAAGGAGGCGUUCGGCCUUGUAACGAUACUCUCGGUCGACGUCAUCCUCGACCUGUACGGGCUGUGGGUGUGCCGGAGCCACUGGUCGCGCCCGGCGCUGGCGGCGCGGCUCGUGGUGGGCGGCGGCUACAUCGCCAUAUUUAUCGUGUACUACGCGCUCGGUGGACGUGUCUUCCCGUCGCAGUUUACCUUUUUCCGCAUGAAGGGCAGCUUCGCGGCCCCGUUUCUUUACCUUUUCAUGUGGACGCUCGGGACGUGGAACGUGCUGUGGGUAGUCAUGUACCGGCAUCAGUUGCUGGGGAAAAAGCGGCGCGGCGACGGCUCGGCGGAGGAGACGACGCUGGGCGGCAGCAGCAGCGGCGGUGGGUUCCGCUCACAGGACGACGCGGUGACGCAGCAGCAGCAAGAUCACGCGAGGAAGGAUAGUGUCGGGUCGAGCGCGGCUUCGACGUGGCGACGGCCGGUGUGGCCGUUUCUGAGAAAGGGUUCGUUGGACGACGACGACGACGACGCGACGACGAUACGGGUUAUGGAGGAGCAGCAGGAGGCCGACCAUGACUACGCCAUCAAGGUGUCGACGUACGAGGAGCUAAAGGAUUCAACGCUCGCGGGUGAUUCUAUACCUGUUUACUAUGGCUCGUGGGCCUUUCACAUGGUGCUGGACCUUCCCGAGCCGGACGGGCGCAAGAUACCCCACGUCCGGACAGCGUCGAUGGAGCACAUGCAGGGGCCCGCGCUCAUGCUGGGCAUGGACCCAACGCCGCUCCCGAAUGAGACGCCUGCGCGUCGUCACCCGCGUGGCCGAGACGAACGCGGCACUCAUAAACCAAGGCGUCUACCACAGAGACGUGAACCAACGAAACAUUCUGCCACUGCCACUACCAAUAAUACCACCGUCAGCGACUCCCAACAAAAUGGCAGCAGCAGCAAUGACUCCACAACACUGGUCCUCAUCGCCAUCAUAGUCGGCCUCGUUGCCCUGAUCGCCAUCUCCGUAUUUGUCAUCCUCAGGAUGCUACGCCUCCGGGAAAGACGACGGACACAACAACAACAACAACGCCAGUACGGACAGGAUGGCAAGCACCUCGUGUACGAUGAAACCGGCCACCUGUCGCCAUAUCUGCACGCGGCGCCUUCGCAACAGCGCAAGCUCAGCAAGCUCAGCGACGCGGACAGGCGGUCUUGGAGCGAGCACGUCCAGCAGGAGCAGCGCGCCAUGAUGAUCCGCAAGUCGCUGGCCAGCCGGUCCGCAGAGUUCCACGGCGGUCGUCGGCACCACUCUGACAGCGUGUCGUCCAGCGGCAGCGGCAGCGGCAGCAGCUUCAUAGAGCCGUCUUUGGCAGCGUCGCGGCCGGCGACCUCGUCUGAGCCCAUGUCGGCCGCAGCACACAGCAAUUCGGGUGUUGGGGUUGAGCAGGAAAAGGACGGAGAAGAAGAGCAGUGCUUCCGCAAGGGCGGGCUUCGCAACGAUUGGAAGGCGUUCGAGGCGCAGAUGCACCUUGACAAGUCGCUGUCGCGAGAGACGCACCCAGCUGCUGCGGGUAGGGGGUUGUGA